UUUCAUUGACAUAAAGCCUGUCUAACCACACACGUAUGCGUCAACUUUGCUGAACUCACCAUAUUUUAGGUUUCAGAGCACCACUGAGACAACAUCGGUAUGACUUGUGUAGAUAAAGUGGUAAUGUUCAAGAUAUGCCUCUUGUUAUUCACAAAUCGGACAUUGGCUCUAUCACAGCAAACUGAAAUAUUAGAACACCUCAAUGCCACCAUUGGAGACAAUGUGUUAUUUUCUAUAAACUCGAGAUCUGUUGUGAAUCGAUCGGUAGAAUGGAAGUACAGUUACAAGUCAAGUCAAGCAAGCAUCAUAAUGUUUGCCUUUGGUAUACGUGAGCUCAACAUCUUUCCAAGUUACAAGCAUCGUGUGCAAGUUUAUGAUAAUGGCUCAUUUUUAUUGUCAAACAUUGAACUAAACGAUACAGGAUGUUAUACAGUGACACUGGUAGAUGCUUCAGGGAAAGAGGUAAUGAUAAAGAAAAUGUUGAAAGUCUUCGAAGCAGAAAAACAGGAAACCCGUGGGAUUAAUAAUGGAGUAAAUUGUUCAGAAAGUAUUGGCGUCAAAAACUGGAACAUAAUUGGCAUUUCGAUUGGUGUCGCUGUGGUUGGAAUGUGUGUAAUUUGUGCUGUAGUUGUAUAUUUCAUAAGGAGAAGGAAGCAGGAAGAUACAGAAGAUGCGAUUCAAGAUUUGAAGAGCAAUGAGAAUUUAAAUAGUAACGCUCCAAUGGUCGUUUAUUCAACUUAUGUAGGUACAUUUCCUAACUAUGGAAAGUCUUGUCAAACAAGUCCUUUGGAUCAAACGUGACCAGACUUUUGCUGUGUGCAAUGUGUUUGAUAAACUUGUCUAUGUUAUUUAAAAAUGUACAGUGGAACCUCAAUCAACUGCACCCCUGUUAUCUGCCUUCUUAAUUAUUCACAAAAAGUUUUGGCAAGGGUGCAUGCCACGGAAAUAGCUAAAAUAUCAGCUCAAAGAUCCCCUUGCAUCUAUCUGCUGGUAGAACCAUCACAAUCAUAAAAAAAUGACAAAAAAUACUCCUCAAACAUGGUCUUUCUCAGCCAUAAAGGUAUCAUAUCCUUAUCUUCAACAAUCUUCCAUUGCUAAUAGCCACAACACUGAGCUAAGUAUAGUUUGCCUUUUUAAAUGGGCCUGUGUUUAUUGGGCUCCUGAGCUGGUGAGCAGGUCACACGUGAGUGUUAAUUUAAAGCCAAUCCACCCAUUGGGAAACUGAUGCGAUUAGAUCGACUGCCCAUUCCACACCUUGCUAAGAGUCAAUGUUAAGUAAAUCCAGGUGAUGUGUAAAAUGAACAGCUGAUCUGAUCAGGUUAGUUACCCUCCAGAUGGGUUAGUUUAAGAUUUCCCCCUGCUGAAACUAACUCUACCCAGUGCAGUCAACAGCUAGUUUUGUGUCUACAUACUGUCUCCACCAAACAAGUCCAUUUAAAUAGGCAGGUCAUGCAUUGAUUUUACAGCUGCCAAUUCUACACUGCCGAUUUUAGUAGGGACACAGUUGUGGAGGCAAGUGCAGACUACCCUGAGUGCUUACCCCUACAGCUCAGAGGCCUAUGGUUAGCACUGAGAAAAUAUAGUUUACCCAUCAUUCUUCAAUCACUGGUGGAUCCAGCAGGGAUUACAAAUGCGUGUGGAGAGGGGAAUGUGAGAUGAAACAGCAUCUGCAAGCCUCCAACUGGCUCCGUAGCAACCAAAAUAAAAGAACCUCAUUUUGAAUUUGUAAGGUGAAAAUGCUUUGCCUGGUGUUUGGUUAAGUCUAUGGGUUGCUGUUGCCUUAAUGGAGAUUAGUUUGGGAAUUUGUUAAAAAUUAUGAUGGUAGUGAUUUGUAGUCAUGUGUAUAUAUAUUUUUAACCUGUGUAAAUUAAUACAUUGUUUCAUUCAGUUUAAUGUAAAAUCUCAAGAACUGAUGGUCUGAUUCCUGAAUUUAGAGUCGCAUCUCAAACAUAACACUUAAAAUUAUAGGUUAUGACAGUUGUUUAAAGUUUCCCUCUGGGAUUUUCAAAGAACUCGCUUUACCAACGGUAUGGCCAUAACAAUUGUGGAUCUGUUCAUUAACUGUUUCAGUGCUAACUAAUCUUACAAAAUAAUAAAGGGAAAUGCUUUUGUAGAGGUCACUGGUAGACAAGCAAGAAGAAACAGGCCAUUCAAAAUUCAAAUCGGCAUUAAUUGCUGAACUCUCAAAUCUAUGCUAAUUUCUCAUACCUACCAGAGGAGAGCCCUUUAUGAAAGAUAUUCAAAUAUUUGCAUACUUUCAUCAUAACAAAUUAAAAAGAGAUUCUUAAAUCAGCCAGAUUUACAGUACUGAUAAAGACAUUUACUGAUAUAUGACCUGUUUUAGUUUGUGCGUCCUUAUGUUAAACUGGAUUGAAUAAGUUUUGUGAUUGGGCAUCAAGGUGAUUCCAGUCUUGGACCUGCUGCCAGAAUGUGUUAUUCAUUAUAAACAGACUUUCCAAGUUACAGUAUCAAAUUGUUCCAUGUGAUAUUAAUGUCUUAAAAUUGGGCUCAAUGGAAAUUAACAUGAAAAUGCUCAAUAGAUUGAUAUGAUUUUUUUUGUCAUCUAGUUUUCUGGAAAUAAUAACUCUUUUGUUUUAGACUGUUUAGUGACUCAGUUAAAGCGUUGACAAUGGAAUUUUACACAAGCAGGUUAAGUAGCUGCAUACUAAAAUGUCAAUUCCCAAUUUCAAAGAAAAGGUUUAUUAACCAAUUCUGUGAGUUUUCUAACACUGUAAAACAUUUAUUUUUGUGAAAUUGAAAGUGUCUCCCUUUGUUUCUAAUGUACAGUUUUGGUUUACUAAUCUUUCACUUCUUAUUCAAUUGUUAGUAUAUUUGUAUACAAUAAAACCUGAGCACUUCUGACAUGAAGGAAACCCCACCCUCACCCCACACCUUUGUUAAUUUUGUAUACUGGAAGUAUGAAGAACAGAGGUCAGAAAUGUCCUGUGGAACACAAUCUAUUUCUUAGACAUCUAAUUGUACUUUGUUUAUUUGGGUAUUUCGAACAUGAUUCAAUUGAAUUAAAACUGUGAUAUUCAUAUAUAAAUUAAAAUUGUUUUGAUUUUGAUGCACACUAAGCUGGUAUUUAAUAAACUGAACCCUUAUCUUU